AUGUUGCGACCCUUUAAAUUCAUGUUCGAUGUCAGGGUUUUGCUUAGGGAGAUCAGGCUGGAUUUACCGUGGAAGUUGUACCGACCAAGUAGGGAAACUGCUUUCCUAACUUCCUAACUGGAAGAUGUAUAGAAAGGUUGAAGCUAAUGAUACAAGACCUAGGCUUCCCCAAACUGCGCAAGACAGCAACCAUCAUGUUUACACAGUUAGUCAACCCUCUCGUUUUUGCUAAUUAACCAAGCUUACCUCGUUAGACCCCGUCACAAACUCGCCAUUUGAAAUUUGAACACCACUAUCGGCAUGCGCUAUACCAGGCAUCAAGACAAAUGACUUCUGUUGUAAUAAACCCCUUAUUUCAAGUUAUUACCUACAAGCUCUUUUCAGAAAACAAGCUUUAAAUUUACAUACUAACUUACUGAAGGUACUUUUGACAACGACGUCUCCUGCUGCAAUGCCUCUUUCACUCUUGGUGAUACAGGGGCCUCCUUCAAACCUGGCCACGAUGCUUUUGUGUCCCAACUCAUGUCCGGAAAUGGGAACAAUGUCACUGCAACAAGUACCAUCACCGCUUCCCCUUCGACUGUAAUUGCGACAGCAAGUAUACUACAGACUACAACCAAGAAGCCCGAUUCCAACGUCACCCCUCCUUCCACUUCCACUUCCACUUCCUCGAAGGGGUUAGAUCUAGGAACAAUAGUCGGCCUUAGUGUCGGCAUGCCACUUGGAGCAUUGGUUUCAGGAAUACUAAUACCCUUAUUCUGGAGGGAGAAACAGAAAAGACGGUCUAAAGAGACUGAAAUCCCUGUUGUGGGACAUACGGAUAACAAACACGAUAGUGGCGGGAGAGUGGGAACACAGAUUCCACCCACGCCCCCUUUCAAUGCACCCCUGUAUGAAGCACCCUCGCAAUAUCUGCCAUCUGAGCUAUCCAAUAUGCCGCAAUAA